AUGCACAAAGCCGUUAUCAAUAGGCUAAAUUCGGGCUUGAAACUUGAGUUAACAUACUGGAACGAAACUAAACAAAUUAAAAAAUUAUCACCAACUUAUAACAAUUAUACUAAGACAUUUACUUUUCAAUUUGAUAAUCCUAAUUAUGACAUAAGUGAACCUCUCAAAGAUAAUACAAUCAGUUUUAUAGCAUUCGUGAAAAGGAGUGAAGAUAUAUUAUUUCCAACUAAACUUGGAGUCGAAUUAGGAGAUUUAAUUUUUCCCGAAUUUUUAAAUAACGAUUUAUGUAAAUAUGAAUUCGAUAAUCUAAAUAACGUAUAUUUUAAACGUGAAACCAAAGAAGAUGAAAAAGAAGAAGAAGUUUCAACUUUGAGAGAAGGGUUUAGAUACGCUGAUUGGGUGGAUUGGUGGGAUGAAUAUUGUAAAUGGUGGUGCGAAUAUUUUUAUAACAAUUUCGAAUACAGUACUUUGUAA